UGCCCUCCUGUCGUCAUCCACCCUGACGCUCACGUUUUCCAACCGUGACCUCAGACUGUCGACGGACCUUAGCACGCUUCGUAGCUGCGGCUUUAGCGAAACCGGAAAGUACAAGGGCAGAGACACAUUAUCCCGACUGCUGCAGCGGUUCUUGUUCCUUAUAACUCGUGGAGCGGAGUCAGCCCAAAGAAGAAAUGGCCGGAGUCGAGGAGCUGUCCCCCGCUGCGGGCCCGGUGUCCACCCGGCCCCCAGAGGACGAGAUUGACGACGACGAAGAUGAAGAUCUGGAUGAGACAAUGGUGGAGAGAUUGUGGGGCCUGACGGAGAUGUUCCCUGAAACCGUGCGCACAGCUGCAGAGGUGUCUGCACAGUGCUCAGUCUCUCUGGUUAAGAAGUUUUACAGUUUUUCCCGCUCUGCGCUCUGGGUCGGCACUACCUCCUUCAUGAUCCUGGUGCUGCCUGUUGUUUUUGAGACAGAAAGACUACAGCUGGAGCAGCAGCAGCUACAACAACAGAGACAGAUCCUGUUGGGACCCAACACUGGAAUGUCCGGUGGGAUGCCGGGCAUGAUGCCUCCUGCACCUGGCAAAAUGUGAUGAGACUGGAAGGGCCGACAUGAGCCUGAGAUCUGCUGUUGACAAUGCAGCGGGGUCACUUGCAAGGAGAGACAGAGAGACCACAGAGAAGAGCGAAGAACUGAAGUUUAAAGGGAGGAGAAAAAGGCAGAAGCUGUAUGUCAGCAGCAUUCAGAUCACUCCAGCGUAUUGCGGAGGAGGACGUGAUGUGUGUCCAGCACUUCUGUCUCGCUGUCUCUCCUUACUCCCAAUGUCAUGCAGAGACUGAUUUUCAGAAGCACUGCUUCUGUUUUUUUGUUCUUUUUUUAAAAUAAAUCCUUAUCAGCAUAAAUAAUGUCUUCUUAGGGGAUACCAGGUGCAGGUGGAUACAGUGAAAAGAUAAAUGUGGAGGUUAGCGGUGGUCUAUCUUGGUGUUUGUAGUAAGAAGAACGGUACUUUUAUUGGCAGUUCUGUUGAUCUUGAUAUGCUGAUUGGUUCCACUUGUAUGUGAAGAGUGAAGUUAGAAUAUCUAAUGAUAUGUGACAAGUUUUAUUAAGUUAUAGGAAGAGUGUCUACAGUGGCCUCUUGAAGUUCUAUAAACUUGAUUACACAUUUCUUUUCCCCCUGUGUGCUGUAGGUCUGUUUGACUCAAUUCACCAGUGUACUAUGUGCAUAGUAUGUCAGUUUAAUGCCUUUCACCUGGAACCUUCCAUGGUUAUUGGUUUUAUCAUGUCCCCCUGGAUAAAUGACUCUGACACUCUGACGUGUCCAGUCUUAACAGAAUGUAAUUUUGUUUUUUCUGUUGUCAUUCAUGCGACAAGUCUUUUAUCAUCCUCACUGAUCAAUCCCACGCCUCUGUGUUGUGUUCAACUUGACUGCCAGAAUUAAAACACCAAAUUAGAAGA